AUGAAGGUGUCAGCUUUGGUCCCAUUGGCCUUCGCGGCUGCUGCCUAUGGCCACACGAUCUUCCAGAAAGUCUCCGUCAAUGGUGUUGAUCAAGGGCAGUUGAAAGGAGUUCGCGCUCCAACCUCUGACUACCCCAUCGAGAACGUAAACGAUGCAGAGUUUGCCUGCAACAAGAAUAUCCAGUUCAAGGAUAAUACCGUUAUCAACAUCCCUGCUGGUGCCCGUGUUGGUGCCUGGUGGGGACAUGUCAUCGGUGGUGCACAAUAUCCCAACGACCCUGACCAUCCCAUUGCCAGAAGUCACAAGGGUCCCACCAUCGUCUACCUCGCCAAGGUGGACAACGCUGCUACAGCCAACGCUCGAGGUCUCCGAUGGUUCAAGAUCGCAGAGGAUGGCCUUGACACGAGUACCGGCCAAUGGGGAGUCGAUCGUAUGAUUGCCAACAAUGGCUGGCAAUACUUUACGAUGCCUACUUGCGUUGCCCCAGGCCAUUACCUCAUGCGAGUUGAGAUUAUCGCUUUGCAUGGUGCUUAUGCGACGAACGGGGCUCAGUUCUACAUGGAAUGUGCCCAAAUUAAUGUCACUGGUUCGGGAGCGUACUCUGCUAACCAUCCUGGUAUCACGAUCAACAUCUAUGCUAACAGUGUACCCAACAACGGUGGUCGACCGUACUCGAUCCCAGGUCCUCCAGUUCUCAAGUGCCCAGCCGGCGGCGUGAACCCACCCGUUCAGGCACCCUCUUCCCCCGCACCGGGGCCUGUUGCUCCCACCACUGCACCGGCACCGGGUGGUGCAGCUCUCUAUGGCCAAUGUGGAGGUAACGGAUGGACGGGACCUACUUUCUGCUCACAGGGAACUUGUAAGACGGUGAAUGAGUGGUACAGCCAAUGCGUUCCUUCAUAA